UCUGCAGGCGCCGUGCUGGAGCCUCCAGUUUGUCAUUAGAAAUUUAACUCAACCUAAAGUGGGGGUGCUGGUUGAUAAUACGACCCAGUCAUGAGUAAUUCAAACAUUCUGUCUAAAGCCGAAUUGGUAACGGCUCUCUCGGUCACUGCUGGAGCUGUGGUAGUGGGAUUCUUAAUCCACAACAAGUUUUUCAGCAAAGCCAAAUGUGUGAAACCAAAGGUGAACCUGGACCUUCAGAAAGACAACCCUAAAGUGGUGCAUGCAUUCGACAUUGAGGACCUUGGUGAUAAAGCCGUGUACUGUAGAUGUUGGAGAUCCAAAAAGUUCCCAUACUGUGACGGCGCCCAUACAAAACACAAUCAAGAGACGGGGGACAAUGUCGGCCCUCUGAUCAUAAAGCGCAAAGAGGCAUGAGGGAGACUGUAUACUCAGGAUUGCCACUGUUUGUGGAUGCACUGCGGUCUCUGCUCACUUAAUGAGCAUUUUAGUACAUAUUUACCUCAGAGGCAGCAAAGUUGGUGGUAUGAUUUCUCUUUGCAUAGCUGCAUGUGAUUAGUACAUGGUGUCCUGGAGCACCCCCCUCCAGUUCUGGUUAUACUCUUUAUGGUCCUAUCGUCUGAUCUCUCAUCAUUUAUUUUCCAUUGUGUGCAGAUAAUUGCAUUCUAUUUAAAGCUUUCAUAAUGAUUACACUAAUGCCUGUGUUUUCAGCUGCUGUUUUGGGGUUACUAAUGAAUACCAGGUUUGUCACCAGCAGAUGUUCAGUGUUGUUUAAAAGACAUGUAAUGUUAGCUAUUGAUUUAAUUGUCAGGUUUACUGUAAAUGUUGAAAAUAACUUGGUGGGGAAGUUGACAUUAAAAUAGUCUAUAUUAAUAACUCACUGACAUCUGGAAAAAUGUCAACUGAAUUAUGGUCUUGUGCAUCAGGAGCUAUAUUUAGACAGUCCAAAAAUCUAAUUUGGAUCACUGUUGUAUGUUCACCUGCAAAACAUAAUAAAACCUCAUCAUUGUAACCAGUUCAAGGUACAGAAAUUUGAGUAUAAUUUAGCACAAAGUGUACAUCUUGUUUGAGCUUUCACUAUGAAAUGGACUCAUCACAAACUGAAUUGUGCUUUGAAAAGAUGUUUGCCCUCUAUUAAGCAUUGAAACAUAAUACAUAUGAAACAAUCAAAUGAGUUUUUUUUUUUUGUUUUUUUUUUUGCGCUAAUUGAUAAUCAUUUUUGUCUUUUUCGUUAUCACGUAAUUUUGCUAAUGGUAUUUUAAUUAUUGUGGUAUUUAUAAUUGUAAUACAGUUCAUAACUGAAAAUGUGUGGCUAGGUCAUUAUUGUUUGCUGAACAUAAAAGACCAGAAGUAUGCGGGAUAUUAAAAACUCAUUCUAAAAACUCA